AUUAAAUCUGUACCUAUUUUUAAUUUCUAUUUUCUCUCUAUGCAAGCUUGUAAAUCUUAUAUGGAUGAAAAAUUAGACAUAUUAUUAUAUCCGGCCCUUUCUAUGGAUUUCUGCUUUUUUUUUUUCUGUUUCAAACACACAAAUACAAGGGUAGACUUUCUCAUUUUCUUCAAGUGUUUGAACAUUAGGCCCACUAUUAUUGGACCAAAAAGAGUGGCCCAAUGCGAAAUAUUUGCAUCUCUCUCCUCCACUAAAAAUAAGAAAAAUGGAUAAUCCUCGAAAAAGAUAAGUCCCUAACGACUCAUGCAACAUCCACAAUCUGAAGAAGGUGAAUACCACUGUGUCUCUGUUCUCAAGAAGUAAAGCUAAUGAUUUCACUACAUCCCUAUAAAGCCUGUGUUCAAAUUCAAUCAACAUGUCUCGUAAACCCUUCAAAGGUUAUUAGGAGUUACAAAGCAAGGCCAAGGAAGGUAUCAUCACCAACACCAAAUACAAGACAAGUUAAAUGCAGCAGUAGUGGCGGACACCAAGGAGACAAAAACCCCGACAAGAGAACCUUCUUGACACUCGAGGAAGCUGGUUUGGUGGAGAUGUCUGGUUUGAGCUCACAUGAGCGUUUUCUAUGCCGUUUAACGAUAUCGUCUCUAAAUUUAUUGAGAGUGAUAUCAGAGCAAGAAGGGUGUACAAUUGAAGAGCUGAAUGCUGGGAAAGUGUGUGAUUGGUUCCUUAAAGACAAACUCAAAAGGGAGCAGAACGUUGCCUCUGCAGUUCUUCAGUGGGAUGAUUCCGAGUUCAUGUUGUAACCCCCUUCAUUUUCUUUUGCUUUUUUAAGGGAUAAUUAUUACCCUAAUUAUUAUUAUGUUAGAGAGAGAGAGUGUGUGUGUGGUAACAGUGUCACUCUUUUUUUUUUGGCAUUGGAUUCUAGUGGCCUGGUAAAAUGUGCCAAGAGUGUCGCUUCUUUGUUACUCAAUAUUUUCGGAUUCGCGAUUACACGUUUUCUGGUAUGGAAUGCUUCUCCUUUGUCUUUCAAGUGUUGCUGCUAGCAGUAUCAUUGCUUAACUCAUAUGGAAAUGAUUCGUAUAAUUUUACAUGUUAUUGGAA